AUGUGGUCUUACCUGUUUGGCUCCGGUGCAACGAGCAAGAAUAAGGAUGCCCCCAAAAAAGCGAUUUUGGAUCUACGUGAACAUAUAACACUGCUAGGGAAGAAAGAGGCACAUUUGCAAUCACAAGUGACCGUACAGGAGCAAUCUGCUCGUCAACAACUGGCGAAAAACAAUAAAGUGGGCGCGAAAAAUGCGUUGAAACGCAAGAAAACGUACGAAUCGCAACUGGUGAAAAUCCAGGCACAAAUGGACUCGCUGGAACAGCAGCUGUAUUCAAUUGAGUCUGCAAAUUUGAACCUGGAGACCAUGAAAGCCAUGAAACAGGGCGCAUCUGCCAUGAAAAAUAUCCAUAAGGGCAUGGACAUCGACAAAGUGGACGAAACCAUGGACGAGAUCCGAGAGCAGGUUGAAUUGGGCGAAGAAAUCUCGGAUGCCAUUUCCAGGCCUUUGCAUGCGGGUGCAGAAAUGGACGAGGACGAAAUCGAUGAAGAAUUGGAGGCCCUUGCAGCUGAAAACGUCAAACAAGAAGUGAUACCACCGCAAAGGCUGCCCUCAGUGCCCCAGGACAAAGUCACAGAAUGGCAACAGCCGCAAAAGGCGUCUCAAGCGGCCGGAGAAGAAGAGGACGAAGAAGAGGACGAGGACGAACGGGCGUUACGCGAGUUACAAGCAGAAAUGGGCUUAUGA